AUGUCAAACAAGUUUAUAAGAGAUUGGUUGGCUUGUGUGGUGAUUCUAUUCCUUCUUUGUUCUGUUUCAAAUGCUGGUAGCUUGGCAAUUGUUUGUAUUCCUGGCGAGUACAUUAGUGGUAGUGCUUGUCUAGAUUGUCCAGGAGGCACCUAUUCAAGUGGCAUGACGACAUCUUGCUCUGAUUGUUCAGCUGGUUAUUAUUCUGAAGUAGGCUCAACAAGUUCUGACUGCUCUAUAUGUGCUGCUGGAACUUACUCAAAUAAUAGAGCCUCAAGUUGUACUAACUGUGCAGGUGGAACAUAUUCAGCUGGUGGAGCUUCGAGUUGUACCAGUUGCUCAGCAGGUUAUUAUUCAAGUGCUGGCUCGUCAUCAUGUUAUCAAUGUGGAGCUGGAACUUAUUCAACUGGUGGAGCUUCAAGUUGUACUAACUGUGCAGCUGGUUAUUAUUCAUCGACUGUUGGAGCAACAAGUUCCUCAGUUUGUUUGAUGUGCAGUGCAGGAACAUAUUCCACAAUAUCAGUUGCUGGUGGAGCUUCGAGUUGUACUAGUUGCUCAGCUGGUUACUAUUCAAGUGCUGGAGCAUCAUCAUGUUCUCAAUGUGGAGCUGGUACUUAUUCAGCUGUUAGCUCAUCAAGUUGUACCAAUUGUGCAGCUGGUUCAUAUUCAAGUGCUGGCUCAUCCAGCUGUACUAGUUGUUCAGCUGGUUAUCGUUCAAGUGCUGGGUCUUCUUCUUGCUCCCAAUGUGGUGCUGGUACUUACUCAGCUGGUGGAGCUUCGAGUUGUACCAGUUGUUCAGCAGGUUAUUAUUCAAGUGCUGGCUCGUCAUCAUGUUCUCAAUGUGGAGCUGGAACAUACUCAGCUGGUGGAGCUUCAAGUUGCACUAAUUGUGGAGCAGGUACUUAUUCUUCGACAGUUGGAGGAACAAGCUCCUCAGUUUGCUUAAAUUGUGUAGCUGGUACUUAUUCCACAAUUUCAGGAGCAACUAGUGCCACAGUGUGUCAAAAUUGUAAUGCAGGAAGUUUUUCAACUGGUGGCUCAUCCAGUUGUACCAAUUGUGCAGCAGGUUAUUAUUCAGCUUCAGGUUCCUCAUCAUGUUCUCAAUGUGGAGCUGGAACAUAUUCAACUGGUGGUUCAUCAAGUUGUGCAAGUUGUGCAGCUGGUUCAUAUUCAAGUGCUGGUUCUUCCAGCUGCACUAGUUGUUCAGCAGGUUACUAUUCAAAUCCUGGUUCGUCAUCAUGUUCCCAAUGUGGAGCUGGUACUUAUUCAAGUACUGGCUCAUCUAGUUGUACUAGUUGCUCAGCAGGUUAUUAUUCAAACUCAGGUUCUUCAUCAUGUUCUCAAUGCGGAGCUGGAACAUAUUCGACUGGAGGGUCCUCAGGUUGUACCAGUUGCUCUGCAGGUUAUUAUUCAAGCGCUGGUUCUUCUUCUUGCUCUCAAUGUGGAGCUGGUACUUAUUCAACUGGUGGAGCUUCCAGCUGUACUAGUUGCUUAGCUGGUUAUUAUUCAAGUGCUGGCUCUUCCUCUUGCUCCCAAUGUGGAGCUGGAACUUACUCAACUGGUGGCUCAUCCAGUUGCACUAAUUGUGGAGCAGGUACUUAUUCAUCAACACCUGGCGCCACAAACGCUGGAGUUUGCUUGACAUGUUCUGCUGGUUACUAUUCAAGCGUUGGUGCCUCGUCUUGCUCUAAAUGUUCUGCUGGUACUUAUUCAAGUAGUGGCUCAUCAAGUUGUACUAAUUGUGCAGCUGGAUAUUAUUCAACCUCAGGUUCUUCAUCAUGUUCUCAAUGUGGGGCAGGAACAUAUUCGACUGGAGGGUCCUCAAGUUGUACCAGUUGCUCAGCUGGUUAUUAUUCAAGUGCUGGCUCGUCAUCAUGUUCUCAAUGUGGAGCUGGUACUUAUUCAAGUACUGGCUCAUCUAGUUGUACUAGUUGCUCAGCAGGUUAUUAUUCAACUUCAGGUUCUUCAUCAUGUUCUCAAUGCGGAGCUGGAACAUAUUCGACUGGAGGGUCCUCGAGUUGUACCAUUUGCUCAGCUGGUUAUCGUUCAAGUGCUGGGUCUUCUUCUUGCUCUCAAUGUGGAGCUGGAACAUUUUCGACUGGUGGCUCUUCAAGUUGUGCAAAUUGUACAGCUGGUUCAUAUUCAAGUGUGGGCUCUUCCAACUGUACUAGCUGCUUAGCAGGUUAUUAUUCAAGCACUGGUUCGUCAUCAUGUUCUCAAUGUGGAGCUGGUACUUAUUCAACUAGUGCCUCAUCAAACUGUUCCAGUUGUGGAGCUGGUUCAUAUUCGAGUGCUGGAGCAUCAUCAUGUUCUCAAUGUGGAGCUGGAACAUACUCAGCUGGUGGAGCUUCAAGUUGCACUAAUUGUGGAGCAGGUACUUAUUCUUCGACAGUUGGAGGAACAAAUUCCUCAGUUUGCUUGAAUUGUGUAGCUGGUACUUAUUCAUUCGAGACAGGAGCUGCAAGUGCUAAUGUUUGCCAAAGUUGUAGAGCUGGAACUUAUUCGUCGAUGGGCUCUUCUAAUUGCACCAAUUGCACACCUGGUUUCUAUUCAACCACUGUAAAUGCAACCAGUUCAGCUACCUGCAUACCUUGUUCUGCAGGUACCUUUAGUAAUUCAACUGGUGCAUCUUAUUGCUUUCAAUGUCCUGAAGGUACUAACAGUGCUUCAGGAUCUUCUUUAUGCAACUCAUUUUCUUGUUUCCAAUAUAAUAAUUGCUCUGGAAACGGUGUUUGUGUUUCGAAUAACACUUGCUCCUGUUUUGAAGGAUUUGACGGAUUGAAUUGCAAUAUCUCUCUACCGUUCUCGAUUAAUCUUAACUCCUCAUAUGUUACCUUAUCCACUACAAAAAUAUUCACAGUACUAGUUGUUGGAAAUUAUUCAGAUAUUAUCAGAUAUGAUGUCUUUUGUAUGAAUUGUUCUUUUCUCAAUUUCACAACAUCGAAUAAUUUGAUAACUAUUGACAUGACUGGACAAAAUAUUGGAAAAUUUACAUUGAUGGUUGUGGCUACAAUGAAUAAUAGUAGAAUAUCAGCUCCUAGUUCUUUGAUUGUAGAAAUAGUUCCCCUUAUCAAUCCACCAAGUACAGGGAAAUUUGGAUUUUUGAGCAUUCCCAAGAUUGUGGAGAGGAAUAACCCAAAACUUGAUGUCAUCAUCUCGAAUUUAACAGAUGUAGAUGAAUCCUUUGUUGGAAACUGUGGGUUGCAAACAAUGUGUUCUUUUAAGUUGACAACUUAUUUAGUGGAACAAACUGAAAGUUCCAGCUUGACCCUUUGGACUCAAUCGCAAGUAGUUGUUGGAUCCAACAAGUAUACAACUAUAUUCUUUACUCCACUUGUUUCUUUAAAUCCAUCGCUUACCUUUACAACUGUAAAUUCUACAACAUUACUUCUUUAUAUGACACUUGAGUCUUCAAAUGGAAACAAUAGUUAUAGUACUGCCAUUCCUAUUGUUGAUUCGGCAUUUGCACCAACAAACAUCAAUUUCACUAGUAUGCCUCAGUCAGGUCCAGCAAUCCAACAGAUUUUCUCAAUUAGUUCGUCACCUUGGAAUGCACCAUUACAAAUUCAACCUUUGUUCUAUUCCUAUGGUAUCUACCUUAGUGAUACACAACAAUAUAUUCAACUUUCUCCAUUCACUCAAUCAACUCAAGCAUACAUUCCUUUACCCUAUUUGUCAGAUGGCCCAGUUUCGGUUGCCAUUUUUGUUAAGAAUUCUUUAGGAAAUAUAAUAUCAAAAGUUCUUGGGCAAGUAACAGUCAUUAAGUCAAUUGGAAAUGUGGACUACUUGAAUCUUACUGAUACGCAAUUAGCAGUAUCAGUGUUUGAUCAAUCUAGUCAACUCACCACUUCAGAUAUUUCAACAAUUAUUAGAAGAAUUGAUAUUGGCUCUAAUCCGGACUCACCCUUACUUUAUUUAAAUACAUUGGUACUCAAUAAUAUCUUGGAUGGUUCACAAUUAGGUCUAUUAUCAAACAAACUUUAUCAUUUCCUUAAUAACUCUGCAGCUUCCUACGAACAAGAAAUGGUAAACUUUGGAUUUGUCAAGAGCAAACUCUCAGAAGAGGCCCUGAAUUCAACAUUUUCUAUUAUUUCAACUAUUAUAAGCAACUCAACCUUUGAUGGAUUAUUAACUUCAUUCUCUCAACUUGUUAUUCAAAGCUCAAUUCCUAAAGUCGUCUCUGAUUCAGAUAUGACUUUUAUUUCAUACUCUUCAAAUUUUGCUAAAGCUUCACUUGUAUCUUUUGUGUUGCCAUCUACCAAUUAUGGAUACAAUUCAAACAGUUAUUUUGUCAGCCCCACAGGAAUGAAUUUUUCUGUAACCCUGAAUUUUACAGAAAUUACAUCUAUCGGAGAGGCCAACACCCACGGAUUGUCCAUAAUAACAUUUUCUAAUAAUUCUAAAUUGGAUAACUAUUCUAUCAGCAAUCAAAUGCUGUCUAAUGUGGCAGAUUUUAAAUAUUUCCUGAAUAAUUCUUAUGUGAAAUUGAGAAAUCUUAACAAUCCUAUUAUUCUGAAAUUUGAUGUACAAUCUGAAGUAAUUGGAAAUAUCUCAAAUCCAUCUCUGAUAUCUUGUAUGUAUUGGGAUGAAACAUUCUCAAUUUGGAGCACUGAAGGCUGCACUCUGGUUGGCUGGUCUAACAGUUCUGUUUUCUGUGGUUGUAAUCACACCACUUCAUUUGCAACCUUUAUUGAUUACAACCUAUCUUCCAUUGCAACAAUAGGGGAAAAGACACAAGUUUCUGGACUAUUUAUCGCACAAAUAUUUUUUGGUUGUUUAUUUGCUGUCAUUUCCUUUGUCAUGUUAAUUCUGUUAGUCAUAUUUAGAAAACAUCAACCUGUUUCAAGUAGGUUAAUAACUCCUUACAUGGGGAUGAUAGCACUACUUGUGGAAUGUAUCAGUAUUUUCAUUAUUCAGAGAAGUGUACUUGUUGACUAUUUAUGGAAUAAUAACAUUGAUUGGAGUUCAGGAACUAAUGCUCCAAAUGUAAUCGCCAAUAUUACAUUGAUAAUUGUGAAUAGCUUGAAUAUUACUGCAAUAUUUUGUUACGUUUGGCAAACCAUCAGAUAUGAAGUAAUGAAGUAUUUGUAUGAUUUGAUUUCCAAAAGAACUGACAAUCACCCAACAGGAAUGAAAGUAUUAAGAAGAUUUGUCUCACAAACUCUAUUUAUUUCAUUAACAGCUAUAUGUCUUACUCUAAAUAUUGCAUAUUGGCUAUUGUGGGUUAUCUUGAGAAGAACAGAAGCCAUUUCAGCAACUGCCUUCACCCAAAUUACUUCAAUCUCAUACACUGUUAUUAUUUUCGUAUUCAGUGCCAUUAUUUCAGUUACUACAAUUGUAGAUGUCAUUGCAGCAUUGAUUGGACAGGAUAUUUACUUCAAAAGAAAAGUGCAUUCCAAUAACAAAAUAUUGAAAGAAAGUACUUCCUCUUUGGAAAUGCAACUCGCAUUAGCUCCACAUCCUAAAAACAAGUUUUUCCACACUGAUGCUCCGCUCUAUUUUAGAACUGAGAUGAUUGCUUAUGUGAUUUGUUUUGCAUUAAUGAUCGUUCAACAAGUAACAGGUUUAAGUGUUUAUUCCAACUCAGAUGCAAUUGUAAAUAUUGAAAUUGUCAAUUUGGUCUUUCAAUUACUGUACUAUAUUUCAUUCAUUGGAGUGUUUGGAGGUUUUUCAUUGACAGUUUUGUUAAUUUAUAGAAAAAAAUCAAAGAAAUCAUCCCACGAUGCCUCUGAACUGAAUGAAAUUAUCAAUGAGGUUAUUGGAUUACAAUUAUUCGAAGUGUUUUGUGAAUCAGAAUUUUCCACUGAAAAUCUUUACUUGUAUCAAUUACUGAAAGAAAAUGAGAAUAUAAAUUCAGAAGCAAAUAUCAUGAAAUUAUCAACUUUCGUAAGAACUAUUUUCGAAUUGUUCAUUCAAAGAAAUUCCAAGUACGAGGUUAACAUUCCAUCAAGUGUUUCAACAAAUUUCAAACAUUUGAUAAACAUAUUAGAAAGUACAAACAUUGAACUGCAACAAGAUGAAACCAAUUCACCUUUGAAACUAAAGUCAAAGGAGGUAUUUAGUGACCUUUUGGAUCAAAUUUUAUUGAACUUGGAGGAUACCUUUUCAAGGUUUGUAACAUUGGACGUUUAUGAAAGAUACAAAGAAAAGAAAGAUUGGAAGACAAACAUGUUAGCACAAUCAAAUAUAAGCGUUCAAUAA